AGUGGCAUACGCAUAUCCAAAAAGAAGGCGGGAAAACGCCAUAGCCGAGAGAGUGUGAGCAAUGCCGGAGCUUCCGGAGGUAGAGGCGGCGAGGAGGGCCGUCGAGGAGAACUGUGUCGGCAAGAAGAUAAGCAAGUGCGUUGUUGCUGACGAUUCCAAAGUCAUCGACGGUGUCUCUCGCUCCGACUUCGAAGCUUCCGUCGUCGGCAAGAUCAUCGUCGCUGCUCGCCGGAAGGGCAAGAACAUGUGGCUUGAACUUGAUUCCCCUCCUUUUCCUUCUUUCCAAUUUGGCAUGGCUGGUGCUAUAUAUAUAAAGGGGGUUGCAGUAACAAAGUAUAAAAGGUCUGCUGUAAAUGACGAGGAUGAGUGGCCUUCCAAAUAUUCAAAAGUUUUCAUCAAGCUAGAUGAUGGUUUGGAGCUGUCUUUCACUGACAAAAGGCGAUUUGCUAAAGUUCGCUUGCUUAAAGAUCCGACGUCAGUGCCUCCCAUAUCUGAGCUUGGUCCUGAUGCACUUUCAGAACCUAUGACACUUAAGGAGUUUACUGAGUCUUUGCACAAGAAGAAAACUGAAAUCAAGGCUUUAUUACUUGACCAGAGCUAUAUUUCAGGUAUUGGGAAUUGGAUUGCUGAUGAAGUGCUAUACCAAGCAAGAAUUCAUCCACGGAAUAUUGCAUCUAGCCUGUCUGAAGAAAGCUGCUCAACUUUGUAUAAGUGCAUUAAAGAGGUUAUUCAAUUUGCGGUUGAAGUCGAUGCUGACUGUAGCUGUUUUCCUCUUGAAUGGUUAUUUCAUUUUCGAUGGGGAAAAAAGCCUGGAAAAAUAAAUGUUGAAGUUGGAGCAGAUAGUAGUCAAUUUCCCACUAGUUGGAUAUUUCAUUCACGUGAAAAAAAGCCCGGCAAGGCUUUUGUUGAUGGGAAAAAAAUUGACUUCAUGGCUGCUGGUGGCAGGACUACUGCUUACGUGCCAGAGUUGCAAAAGCAAACUGGAUCACAAGAUGCAAAAGAAACUGGUAAGCCUAGGAGGCAAGCCUCAAAAAAGAAAAUAAGUAUAGAUGAUGAUAACGACGAUGACACUGAGAAACCAACAAACGGGGAAGAGGAGAAUUUAGGAAGUCUCAAAUCAAAAAAGAGAACAAAUGCUGGAGCUGAAGGUAGGAAGCCUUCCAAAAAGAAAAAGUCUAAGGAAAGUGAUGAUGACAAUGAUGGUGAUGCUGGUACUGAUGACGAUGUUGAUAGUGAUCAGGUUGAAAAGAAGAAACCCGGCCAGGUGACAAAUAGUAAACAAGCUAGGGGAGAAAAGCAAUUAAAGAAAAGAGUUCCAAGCAGGCAAAGUAGUAGAAGUGCUGGAAGGAAAGCCAAGUAGCAACUAUUCUGCAACUUAGGUUCUCUGCAUUAUGUUGUCUUUAUGAUCUGUUGGCUGUGCUAAAAUCAUGGCUACUAUAUAGUCAUGUAAUUUAUACAUGUUAACCAGAAAAAUGGAUGGUUGAAUCCAUUCAGCUUUUGUAACUAUUGUUAAUACUCACCUCCUAUGCGCAAGAUAUUUUUUUUGU